GAGAAAACACGCCGAAGAGGCGGUGAGGUGGUCAGUGCAGUGAAGUGGUGGUGAUGUGGGAGGACGACGAGGAAGAGGGAGGGGCGAGUCGCAAGGCAUGGCAUGGCACGGCAAGGGCAAGGGCAAGGGCAAAUGAGCUUAUGGUAACAGGCAGGCAGGCUGGUAACAACAAGAAGGGCGUUCGAUUGCCUUUGCCGCUGCUGUUGUAUCUUCGGCUGCUGGUGCUGCUGUCCGAGCGAAAGGUAAGCGUGCGAGAAAGGAGCGAGAGGAGGUGACGGAUGGUGUGGAGGAGGAGGAGCAGCAGCAGGAGCUCGGGUCGGAUUGUGUGGUCGAGUCUCGGACGUUGGGUCUCGUAUUGAUGGGGGCUCCCCGGGAAUGGAAAUGGAAUAUCGCGCCACGAGCUGAAAUCGGCACUAUUUUCGGUUCGGCCCGAGAGCGAAAGUGAGCGUGUGCAUUGACACCGGAGAGGCGAGCGGCUCAGGAAUUGCGUGGGGACCGAUUGGAAUGAAGGGAAGAUGGCUUGCCUGCGGACUUAGGGAACGGGGAUAUGGAAAAGCCUACUGAAGGCGGCUAGGGGGCAGGGCUUGCAGGGGCGAAGGUGCCAUUUUUCUCACAUUGCAGAGUUCAGGUUACAGUGAUAUUACUGGAUUGUUGGACUUGAUAGCAGUCUGGACAGUGGAAAUGGAGGCGUAGGAAUUAAGUGAGUGAGACUAAUUGAGCUGUUUGGUCUCACUCAGUGCAUAGAUCCGGUCGCUAGCAGGGAAAGGGACAUGGGAAUGUAAUUAAUAUACUGAUUCAUAUAUACAUGGGAGCAGCCUGGAUGUAGUACGGGAUAACAUGGGUGUGAACGUGGAUUAAUUGGUCACUACAAUUGCGAAUUUGCUUUCGGACUCGCAAUUGCAUAUAUGAUUACUUGCUUCAAGUAAUCAGUAUUUGAAGCAAGUAACAUAAAAGAAUUAGCUCACUGCUAUCGACUGCUAAGAAGAUUGGAGUUAGAUGGGGACGGCUCACGGGGUACACUGAGUCCAAAUUCCAAGAAACGUUGUUUUAUGUUUGUGUUUUUCCAUCUGUCAAUCAAGAGACAGUUGCUAUUUGGACUACCCCUGAUGCGGAGCUUCAUAUUGGCGGAACUACAGCGUGGUUUGAUUGAUGACUCCGAGUGGAAUCCUUGCCAAAUUAAGUAGCUACAGCCGACUCUGAGCAAGGCUUUCAUCUGAGGAAGCAUGGCUCAACAAGCCACUUCGAACGUGGAGCUUGAGGCGGCCAAAUUCUUAGAGAAAGUUGGGCAAGACUUCAAGAAUGAGCCGAAGAAGUUGGCCACCAAGCUCUUCACAAUAUGUAAACACAUGAGGAUUAAUAACAAAGAGGACACUCUUCCUUUUCGAAUAAUAUCAAGGGCCAUGGAAAUUGUGCUUCUACAGUAUGGUUUGGAUCCGAGUAUAUUCAAUUCUUCUAAUCAAGGAGGGCCAGGUGGAUCCUCCCAAGGUGACAGCCCUACUUAUGGAGGUCCAAGGCCUCCAAAUGUAGAGAAUCGCCAGUCGGAUCAAGAAUUUCCUGGAGAAAGAUCAAUGGUAGACCCUGGUGGUGGUUUACAACAUGGAUUUUCUGGACCGGGAGGUUCAAGAUUUGGAGAUACUGUUUUUAGGCGACAAACGCCGGAGUCCAAAUCACACUCACAGGGUCAUCCUAGUGUGUCGGGAGACUUCCCUUCAGCAGGGACUUCGAGAUCAACAAGGGCGCACGAUGGUGCAAGGGAUUACUCGAACGAACCUGGUAUGAGAUUGGAUAGUUCUUCAAACGCUUCUGGAGAUUCGAGGAUGCAGGUUCCAGUAGGAAGCAGUAGACUAGACAAAUCCCCAAUGGUGAACUCUAUGCAAGGUCAGCCAUCUUUUCCCAGAAAUAGUGUUCCAUCAGAUACGACCCUGCAGGGUAAUCAAAAAGCACUAGACUGGGCAACUUUGGGAUACAAUCAAAUGGGUGAUCCCAGAGGUGGAGCUGGAGGUCCAGCAGCAGCAAUGCUGAACCGAAGUAAUGCUUCCAAAGUUACGAAAAGGAAGCAACUAGACAUUGAUGACUCUGACGACGGGCAAGCACGCAAAGCCCAACGCAGGAGUAUAAUUGAUAGUGAAAUUGGAGAUGAAGCUGAUACUGCUGAGGCUAUUGAUGAUAUAGGCUCUUCAGCAAAUCAAAGGGAUGGAGGAUUUUUAUCUCUAUCAUCUGUGCUGAUUCGCCCCCAAGCCCAGGCUGUCCAAGGUCCAAGAGGUGCAGCUCAGUCAAGUGGAAAUGAAAACGUUGACGGGCAAAGUGAAUUAAGAUCAGGGUUAUCUACACAUGAGCAACUCGAGGUUGGACGUCAGUUGGAUCUUUCACAAGGGAGCUUGCGAGGUGCUGAAGGCAAAAUGACCUCGACGGAGAACGCAGGGACAUCUUCUGAAUUUGGGCGGGGUAUCUCUGCAUUCAAAGUUGCAGGAUCAAAUACCAGGAUAGGACCACACGGAGCCCUUGAUACCAAACUUCAUCAGGGCCAAAAUGUUGGAAACUUACGAUCCACUCAGGCGACGAAUGUUGAAGGACGAUCUAGUACUUUUUCUGCAACUCACGGUAGUGGUCAACCGUCUCAUCAAGCAAGUGUCUCACGCAUGGACCUUGGUACCUCCAGUGUCAGAGAUGGCGACGAAGAUUCAGAAUCUGAAAGUGAGGAUGAGUUGGAGGACUCACCAGCGCGUGAUCUUGGCCCAAACAGGGGAGUUUCUGAUGGUCAAACUCUCCCUUUUAAAAUGAGUAGUGGAGGUAGAGGAGCAUUUAGCUCCUAUUCAGCAGUUCGAACUUCUCAGCAACAAUCGGGAGGUGCAAGUCCUCAAGAGUCUCCCAGCAGGCCGGCUAUGAAAUGGGACCUCCUAAACUCACAGCAACAGCGUUCAAGGGGUGAAAACACAAAUGCAUCUGAUGAUACUCCCGAGAGGAUUCAGUUUGGGAAGAGUAUCAAUUCGGGAACUUUUCCCAUGAGGAAGGACACGCUGCCUGUAGACUUCUCAAUCAGUUCGAGUUUUGUUGACAGUGAGAAGGCCAUGAAGGGAAGUAAUUCUGGAUUGCCACAAAUGGUCAUUGGAGGCAAAGCUGGUGCUGUUAAUACUCCGUCUAUGGGGGGAAUAACCCUUGCACCUGGUGAUGGGAUAAGUGACGGCCAGCAGGCCAGGAUAUCAAGCAGGGAGUCAGGGCUUAAAGCCUCAAUGAAGGAUUCAGUUUUUGAUUCUGAGUCUGGACUAGAUGAUGGAGGAGGAGAUCAGCAAGCAACAGACAGUAUGAGGUCAGAGGCUUCUCAAUCCGGGUUACCUUUCUCAGAUUACCAGAUGAAGCAGUUGAGGGCACAGUGCAUGGUGUUGCAAUCUUUCAGAAAUAAUAUGACUCCAAAGAAGACGCAACUAAAUUUGGCCCUACACAAUUCCAAACGCAGAGUUCCGACCGGAAAGAAGCGGAAAAUGGAAGCAGAUGAAGAAAGUACACCUUCAGAAGGGGGAGGACCAGGCUUGACCGAUCAUACCAUGAACAGUGACAAGGUAGAUUAUGACGGACCAAGCAUUGACAAACCACAGGUGUCCGAUUCAGGCGACGUAUCCAAGGCUGAUGGCACGCCUGAUGUGUCCAAAAAAGCCCGUUUAAGGAAAAGGUAUCCGCGCAUUGAUCCAAACCUCUCUGCUGAAGAGAGGAGGGCGGUAAUUGCAGAGAGGAGGAGGCAGACAAUUGCAGAACGUGAAGCAGAGGCGCAGGCUGAAGCUCAAGCCCAAGCAAGGUCUGCUUCAGUGAAGGAGAUUCCUUUCCCUGUAACUGAAGAUACAACACAGGAUUCUAAGCUGUCUGAUGGAGCCAAUGUGGCAUCCAAUUAUGCUCCAAGUAAACCACUUGAUACCCAAAUGGAUGCAGGGAAAUCCACUUUGAGCCGAAAUGUGGGGAGUGGGAAUUUCGGUCAAGUGACUCCAGAGCCUGAAAACUUAGGCAGUGGUGAUGGAGGAGGCAGAAUCCUUAGAUCAACCCUUGGGCUCCCGUCGCAGUUACCUGAGGGAAUUCGUCCAGUUGCCAUGAUACCCAACUCUGGACAGGAUUCCAGAACCUUCACUUCAAGCGCAAGCGAUAGUCAGUCCCGUGAAGUUCAGUACUUUCAAGAGGGGAAAAUAGAAAGGUUGAAGGGAAGUAUGCCUCAAGGGGGAAUGACUGGAGCGUCAGGGGAUAUGGUCACAGAUACUCCUUCCACUUCUUCUCCCUACAAAAACCAAAUGGUUCUUUUACCUAAUGGUGAAAUAGUGGGGUUAGAGGCCGUAAUGCAAGCUGCCCAAUCCUUCAAUCCUGCCAUGAUCAUGUCGCAGACUCCUGCGGCUGGGAAAAUGGCUCCUAGUCCUAUGCGUGUGAAUGGGUCCGGCGCUGUGCAGUAUCCUCCAAAUUACGGAAGAAUGUACUUCAACUCACAUACGGUGGGUAAUUCAGUUGCUACAAACAGUGAAGCUUCUAAUGCGCAACAGGUUGCCCUGGAGUCUCAGAGAAAUCAGUACCAGGGGAUGCAAAUGUACGCAGAGAAUAGAAAUGGGAACGCUGUCCCUUCUGAAGACGAAGUGGACGAUAUGCCACCUCACAUUCCAGUCUACUUGACUAAGCCUCAGUUUACUACAAUCAUGAAAUGGACUCUUGAUGAACAUAAGAGGAAGUCUGUUGUUGACAACAAGUGGGCGGAGAAGCAGAGGAAAACAGAAGAGAAAAUCAGUUCUCGGUUCCAUCUCUUGAAGGAAAUUGUGAACUCAUCAGACGACAUCUCUACCAAAACAAAAAGUGUGAUUGAACUGAAGAAGCUGCAAGUGUUACAACUGCAGCGCUCUUUGCGCAGAGAUGUUCUGACCGAUUUUUUCAAGAACAAUGGUCCUGAUCUCGCGGCGCUGAGGUCCAUGAGAAGAAGUAGGCCAGGGAGACGUCUGAAGCAGCUAGAGAAGCUUGAGACGAAACAGAAAGAAGAGAGGCAAAGGCGUAUUCGCGAGAGACAAAAAGAGUUUUUCCGGGAGGUUGAAAUUCACAAGGAGAAGUUGGAGGAUUGUUACAAAGUAAAGAAGGAGCGGUGGCGUGUCAUUAACCGAUACGUCAAGGAAUUCCAUAAGAGAAAAGAACGAGCACAUCGAGAGAGGAUCGAAAGAAUUCAGCGAGAAAAGAUUAAUUUGCUUAAGAACCAUGAUGUGGAAGGUUAUCUACGAAUGGUGCAGGAUAAAAAAUCAGAUCGAGUGGAGCAACUUUUGAAAGAAACAGAGGCAUAUCUUGAGAAGCUUGGUGUGAAGCUUCGCGAACAAAAAGACAGCACGAAGGGGAAGAACAAAGAUAGUGUUGUCGAGAUGCAGUCAGCUGCUGAGGUGGUCGUUGGGAGAGAUCAGACUCAGCACUAUUUGGAGAGCAAUGAGAAGUAUUAUCUACUAGCACAUAGUGUAAAAGAAGUUAUUGACGAUCAGCCACUUUACCUCGAAGGAGGGAAGCUGCGAGAAUACCAGAUGAAUGGUCUGAGAUGGAUGGUCUCACUGUACAACAACCGGUUGAACGGUAUACUGGCAGAUGAAAUGGGUUUAGGGAAGACCGUGCAGGUUAUUGCGCUGCUUUGUCAUUUAAUUGAGAAAAAGCAAGAUCGAGGCCCUUUUUUGGUGGUUGUACCUUCUUCUGUCUUGCCCAAUUGGUUGUCAGAAGUUACUCGCUGGGCCCCUAAAGUGACCAAAGUCGUCUAUGCUGGAGCUCCUGAAGAGCGACGUCGGCUUUACAAGGAGGAGGUCCUUCAGCAGCAAUUCAACGUCCUUAUAACUACUUAUGAGUUUUUAAUGAAUAAGCAUGAUAGGCCUAAGCUGAGCAAGAUUCCUUGGCACUACAUCAUCAUUGACGAAGGUCAUCGAAUUAAAAACGCUUCCUGCAAAUUGAAUGCUGAGUUAAAGCAUUAUCAGAGCAGCCACAGGCUAUUGCUCACUGGAACUCCAAUUCAGAAUAAUCUCGAAGAAUUGUGGGCUCUUUUGAAUUUCCUAUUACCGAGUAUCUUCAAUUCUUCUGAUGACUUUUCGCAGUGGUUUAAUAAGCCAUUUGAGAGCGUGUCGGAUAAUACUCCUAAUCAGGCCUUAUUAACCGAAGAAGAAAAUCUUCUCAUUAUCAAUCGUCUACAUCAAGUUCUUCGGCCGUUCAUGCUGCGAAGACUGAAGCAGAAGGUCGAAAACGAGCUACCAGAAAAGAUUGAAAGACUUGUGCGUUGCGAAGCAUCUGGCUAUCAAAAGCUUUUGAUGAAGCACGUGAAGGAAAAGCUGGGCUCGCUCGGAAAUGCGAAGGGAAAGUCAAUACAGAACACCGUCAUGGAACUGCGGAACAUCUGCAAUCACCCCUUCAUCAGUCACUUACAUACUGAAGAGGCCGAAACACUCAUGCCUGAACACUAUCUUCCUCCCAUAGUUCGUCUGUGUGGAAAGCUGGAAACGCUUGACCGGAUAUUACCAAAAUUGAAAGCCGCUAAUCAUCGAGUUCUCCUCUUCUCAACGAUGACAAGGCUGCUGGACGUCAUGGAGGACUAUUUGAUCUGGAGAAAUUACCGCUACUUGCGGUUGGAUGGUGGGACUGGUGGAACUGAGCGUGGUGCACUUAUUGAGAAGUUUAAUGCACCCCAAUCAGAAGCAUUUAUUUUUCUUCUGAGCAUACGAGCUGGAGGUAUCGGAAUAAACUUGCAGGCUGCAGAUACCGUUAUCAUUUUCGAUACUGAUUGGAACCCUCAGGUUGACCUGCAAGCUCAAGCAAGAGCUCACAGAAUCGGUCAGAAACGCGACGUUCUUGUAUUACGUAUGGAAACGGUUCACACUGUAGAGGAGCAAGUAAGGGCAGCCGCGGAGUACAAAUUAGGUGUCGCAAAUCAGAGUAUUACAGCUGGAUUCUUCGAUGAUAAUACGAGCGCCGAAGAUAGGCGAGAAUACCUCGAAUCUCUUCUCCGGGAAAAUAAGAAAGAGGAGGUAGCGCCCGUAUUGGAUGACGAGGCCCUCAACGACCUCCUAGCUCGAAGCGAUGCCGAGAUCGACAUUUUUGAAUCGGUCGACAGGCGAAGGAUUCAGGAAGAGCAGACCUUGUGGGAAAAAUGUAAAAGGUCGAGAAACGGUCAGGAGAUUGUUCCCCGCCCACCGCGUUUGGUAAUGGAAAGCGAGCUUGCCACUUUCUUGUCUGCAAUCCAAAAAGCGAACUUGGAGAAAGCUGUGGAACGACAAAAAGCCACGGAUAUCACUGCCUACGGGCGGGGUAAGCGUGCGCGUGAGAUUCGUUCUUAUGGAGAGCAAUACUCGGAGAAGGAGUUUGAAAGAUUGUGUCGCGUCGGGGUUCCUGAUAUGGAGAAGAAACCUGAUGCAGGCAGGGGUCGGGGACUCCGGAAAGGUAAACUAGGAGAGGAUAUGAUGCCUCAAACUAUUCCUGAGCCUGUAGUUGCCGAGGAGGUUGUUGAAGAGGCGUCUGAGCUUGUUUCUGUGAAAAAAGGUCGGGGCAGGCCGAAGAAAGGUGCUCUAGUCCCGUCUCCAUCUGGUUCACAAAAGGUGUCCUCCAUUAAUCGUGUAAGUCAGAGUGAUUCGGUCCCAAAGGUGGGGAACAUUGGUAGUCCUGCUGGGUCGGGAGUGGUGCCUAACUCUCAAGCUUCGGCACUCAUGAACGAGACUAUCCAGGCCAUUAGGGAAAUUGCCGCAGGUGCGUCUGCCACGAGCAGCGGAGUGAUUGAAAAAGUGGAAGGAGAGAAAACGAGGUCUCUUGCGUCUUUGCAAGAAAAAGAUAAGCUCUCUGUCAGUGAUAAUCAAAGGCUCGUGCUUGGGCAACAAAAGGAGAAAACGUCUUCUAUCUCUACAUCAUUUUCAGUGGUUCCUUCUCAAAGUGCUCCUUCUAGUAGCACUAACUCGGAAACGAAUAAGCUCUCCAAGGUACUGGAUGAAUCUCGUCAAGUAAGCACAGAUGGGUUGUCAACUGUUCUGUCUGACGUACAACCUCGCGCCCUAGUUACACCAGUUUCUGCCCUGGGUAAAGCAGCAGCUGUGGAACCAAUCAGUGUUGGGAGAUUUGGUGUUCUACCUACGAAGGACGGCAGUAAGUUGACGAACUCUGGUAAAGAGAGAGUAUCUGCCAUCACCACAAUGCCUGUUUCUUUCUCUACACCGUCUGUUCCAGCUUCGAAAGCAUUGGCAUCUAGAGGAGCUCAGGGUGGUAGUGAGGUUAAGGCUGGUUCUACAGGCAAGUUGACUGAAUUUCUUGCAAGGAGAGCUGCCGCAAUGGCUACCUCUGUGUCUUCUGAUACUGGCAAGCUACCCCCUGUAAUUCCCACGGUGAAUGUUAGCAGCCCUGCCCCGGUUGUCAAAGGAGGUCCAAAACCGAGGUCUAGUGCAAAGACUAAGAAGCAAGGGACCUCUUCACUGGCUCCGUCUGUUGUUCCUGCUCAGGCUAAAGUGCAGACCAGUACGUCACUAUCGGAUUCAUUGUUAGCGGCUUCAGCAAGACUACAAACCGUUUCUGCUCCACUCCCUCUAUCUUUGAGUUCGCCCUCUGCGGUGACGAGAAUGCAAGCCAGUAUUGCAGCCCCUUCUUCUAUGGGUUUAUCCUUCGUGCAGACCAGCUUGGAGUCCACUCCAACUUUGUCAGUUCCGUUGCCGUCAUCCGCUGCUUCCAACAAGUUGCAAAGUAGCAGUGCCGCGUCUUCUUUGUUGAGCUCGUCUCCUUUAACUUCAAAGCCCACAAGUUCUGCAGGUGUGUCUUCUUCUUUGAAGUCAUCAUCCGCACACGCCAGAUCUCAAGGUAGUGGAUUGGCGUCUUCUUUGAGUUCAGUUCCUGCAUUGAGUAAAAUACCAAGCAGCACUGGAGGUACACCAGAAGGAAGUAACGUGUCUGCAAAGAUAUCGUCGCCGGGUGUAAGCACACUUCUUUCCUCUUUGGCAUCACCCUUGGCUCAGACGAAAUUACCAAUUCCAGCUUUGCCAACGUCGUUGGGAUUGACCACAGUGCAGACAAGUACGGCUGUUAUGCCUUCUCCGAGUUCAGCAACAGCUCAAACAAAAUCCCAGUCCACAACUGCUGUAUCAAGCUCAUUGGGUGCAUUGGCUGGAAAGAGCAAGUCUCAAGCAAGUGGAGGCGUGUCUUCUCUGUUGGGUUUAUCCUCAGCGCAGGGAAAAUCGCAAUCAACUGGUACUUCUUCAUCCACUGUGAGCAUAUCUCCUUUGCAUGUAAAGACUUCUGCAAGUGCGACGACAUCUACGCCGUUGGUUUCACCAUCAGCUCAAGCAAGACUACCGAUUAGUGCCGCAAUGGCUACGUCUUUGGCUUCUCUCUCUGCAUACACACAGAGUGGUAAGACUCAGGGCCUGGCCAUCGCUAAACCCGUUCAGAGUGGUGUGGAUGGGCGGCUUCCUCCAACUGGUACUUUUCAGCGGCUUAUGGACGAAGCUCUUGGGCGAAGACUUCCUCUCGUAUCACCUGCUGAAGUGGGAAGAGCUCUUGCAGCAGAUAUUGCAGCAAUGCAGCCGCUGAAAUUGGCACAGAGGCCACAGGAUCCUCUAGCUAGAGAUAAAUCACAGAGUGCCAGUGUCGCAGCCGGUUCUUCAACUGCAACAGAAGCGCUUACAGGAAAACGACCACUUCAAGGUGCCACUGAAGGUCGAGCAUCCAAGUCUCAGAAGUUACCUUCAGGUGGUGCUGCUGGAAAGGAGAUCGGACUAUCACCAACACCAGUCGGGAUGGCUGUUGUCACUGAUAGUUUGAGGCUGGCCACCACUGGAGCUAUGGCUUUGCCUUCUAGUCAGUCCGUGAAAUCAGUUGCCACAGAUUCUUCAAGGUUGACAAUUUCUACUCUGGACAAGACUUCACAACAGUCUUCCCGACAGCAUGGCACGCAAAUAAAGGAAAAAGCUCAAGGCAGUGCUGGGCUGUCUGGGCAGACUAGUGCAAGGGAAGCCACUACGGCUGGUAAACUCGUCCAGAAUAACUCUGAUGGUCCUGCCAGUGUCUUUCAGCAAAAGUCUUCUCGAUCAGGGAAAGAUGUGAGUUCCAAAGGAACUUUAGAUGUGACUUCAAAUGAUGGGAAUAGGGCUGCACCAACAUCUAAAGCUCAAAGAGCACAAGGUUUGCAAAGCAAGGAUAACACGACAACUGGUACUUCUGAUGCCGUCCUAUCUGCUACGAACAUUUCUUCCAACCCUGGGAAAGCAACAACCGUUGCUAUUGUUGACAGUGGCAAACAACCGUCAUCUAUCCAAACCCAACCUGCGAACUCUGUCGCGAAGGUCGGAGUACUCUCGCCGGUUGCUGCUCCAGAAAAAGCGGCGGUGGGUCUUUUAUCUGAAGGUAGCAAAGACAAGGCUGUUCCUACCUUCUCUUCUGGUGUUACAACAGCUGAACAAGGCAAGUUGAAUGUCGAUGAACGAGGCAGUGAUGUGGCUGGUCAAAAGGCUAUGCCUGCAAGCAAAGUUGAGACUGGAAGGAAGAGAGCCGCUGCAAGAGCAGCCGCAAGAAGAAAAGCAUCUGCUCAGAGUUCAACUGCAGCUGUGAAGGCGGCAGUCGUGGAAAAGCCAACCGCAGUGCAAGACAAUGCGACCAGUCUAGCAGAAAAACCUGUUGUUGGUGGAAGCACAGUGGGAACUUCUAAUGCCCAAGUUCUCCAAUUAGUAGAUACUGGGAAGCAAGUUGCCGGGCAAUCUCUUGCGGCGACGGCUACUAAUUCAGAAGCGUCGAAAGCCGCCCCUGAAGUACGUAGCAAGUCAUCCGAUCCUGCCGCCGUCAUGGCGAAGGCACCAGAACUUGGAAAGUCGACAAUGUUGUCACUGUUGGAGCGGGGGAAACAGGUACAGGCGCUGGCUUCGAAAAUGUCUGAGAAUCCUCUGGAUAUAGUCAAAGUAGCUGGAGGAGCGAAGUCAGGAACACCGUCUCUAAUGGAAAGAGGGAAACAGAUUCUGGCCCAGGCUUCUGAAGAAUUUCGAAGCAGUACCAAGUUACCUGAAAUUUCUUCCGUCUCCAAAGCUGUUGAAGCGGGGAAACCAGGAGCUCUUUUGACGCUGGGCCAGAGUAAGCAAGGUUCUGCCCAUGCUUAUGGCGAAGGGAGUAAAGUAUCUGGAGCUCAGAGGCCGGUAGACCUUCCGAAGGAUGAGAACCUUAAGCGACCAGCUUCACAAAACUCAGAAGUGGGUUCCAAACCGCUAGUACAGGAUAGCCAGGCUACGAAGGCGGCUACUAACCAGCGGUGGAAGAAGUCCGCGAGGAACAGAGACAAAGUGCCCAGUGGUGUAGUAGUUGGUCCCUCCCAGUCUGUACUUCCUCUUCAAGACAAAGCCCUGGAAAGUGUUGAAGCAGCGAAAGUUGCUAAGAUCAAUGUGGCUCCGGCUAAAACUGCUGUAAAUCUUCCUACUCCUGCGGCUACUAGUGAACCCAGCAAAAUCCUGUCAGCGGUUGCACUGCAGGCAACAACGCCAGCUCAGUCUCUGAAAGGAACGACUAGACCUCAGUCCGGUAAGCGAAAGUUGCAGCAGCUUUCAAGCAAGGUUCCCGCAGCUUCAAGCAGUCAGAUCACCUCAAAGUCCGUUGAGAUCUCUCGGGAGACUCAGGGCUCGAACUCGGAGAAGCCUCAAAUCCCCGCGAGAGUGAGUUCUGAUGUAAGUCAUUCCGCGACAGUCAUUCCAGUAACUCCUGUGACGGCAGUAGGAGUAUCUGGUCUUGUUCAGGGAUUGCAUCUCUCAUCAGGUGUUCAAAGUUCUGUCGGGGCUUCUUCCACACCGACACCAGUUAGAUCUCGAGGCUCUACAUUGCCGAGUACAACACCGAAUCCUUCAUUGGAGAGGAGAACUCCCAGUCAAGAGCCUUCUGGGAGCACGAAAAUCACAGUCUCUCAGCCAGCUCCGACAAUAGUUACUGAAAUUGCCAAAGUGAUGGGGGAGGUCAAAAGUAUGAUCGGGGAUAUGAGGACUGGCGAUAGUAUUGGUAUCGGUGGUAUCAAAGCAGCUGUGUCUGAUGUGUUGGCUCAAGGAAGAAACAUGCAGGGCCGUACAUCUAAGUCCACAGGGAAGUCCAAGGCUUCACGCGUUGCUGCUGCAGACCUUGAUGCAUCUAGUGGUUCGCCGUUGGCCAGAGUUAGUAAGCAAAAAGUAGGGGGUUCGGCAUCCAAAGCGGGCACGCGCACCAGUACUGAUCUUGUUUCAGAAAAGCUUCUGUCUACUACAGGUUCUCCCACCAGUAGAAGUUCUGCUGCUGACAACACCAAUGUUGGUAGCAAAUCUGCUUCUUUAGUAGCACCGUCUGCAACUAAACUUGCGUCUAUGGCAUUGCCAGCUGGAAUUGACACGUUGAAGUCAGCCAUUGAGAGUGGGAGCUUGGCCAUCGGGAAGCACAGUCCAGCAGAGGCAAAGGGUUUCGAAACUAAACGGGUAAGCACAGGACGAGUCUCUGCAAGUUCAAAAGUAGCUCCAGAAAAAUCAGCAGCUACGUCUUCGCGGGAAACUGUGACAGCGCUGGGGCCUCAGCCUCUGACGGGCCAGUCAACUGCUAAAUCUUCUAAAGUCCAUAAAGCAAGUUCAGAGCAGGAAAUUGUUAAAACUCCAGUACCCUCCAUGCUUGAGAAACCGCUACCUAAGGCCAGGCCUUCUAGGGCAGGGAGCUCAUCAGUCUCUGCGUCUGCUUCAACUUUGGAGACUACAAAGACGGAUGUGACAGAUAGUACAGCUCGUGGUCUACCUGGAGUGGCAGCUUUAGCGACAAUUGCACCUCCAGUCGUUCCAAUAACUUCGGAGGGGGAAACAGGUACACUGAAGGGUCCUGUGAAGGAAAUUCCGAGCACCUCAUCGACUACAGUUAUAAUGAGCAAUGAGAAGAGCAAGUUACAGGAGGUGAAGGCCAACGCUGGAUUAGAGUGUGGGAAGGACGAGGGAGGUAUGCCGUCUGAAGAGAAAAGUCUCAUCUCAGAGAGUGAGGUCGCAAGAAAACCAGAAAUUGAAGCUGCUAAGUCAGGUCCAACGGAUAAAAGAAAACGAGACGUGUUUUCUGGUCUACCUAAGAGUUCACCAUCUAACUUGGAUCAACCGAAUCUUAGACCUUCAGUAAAAUCAAGCACUGGCUCUGAAUCAAUACCGAUGCCAGCAGAAACAGGCAAUAAGGGGUUGGCAAGUGCUGGAUUAGUACAAAGUAAGGCAGUUGACAAGCCGAACCAUGUUGCAGGUGUUGAGCUCUUGAGUGCACCCUCCGUUGUUGGAAGAGAGAGCGUGAAAGGUGCACCCUCUGUGGGCCCGAUGAACACAGGGAUAUAUGAAGUUGCUUCCUCAAAAGUGACUGGUGCAGCAUCCUCAAAAGACGAGGUUGUUAGCAAUGCCGGCCAAAAUGCGGCUGUCUCUGCGGAUGGGUCUAAGAUAUCCAAAAGUAGUCUGGACGCACAUGGACAGCCGCAAGCAUCUGCAUUGCGCACACCCAUCUCGACUCAGAACUCUCCAAAGGAAAUGGAAGGAAGGACGUCUACUCCUGAUUUGAAGCAAUCUUCAAGUUUUGUUUCGCUGGGAACGCGAAAGGGCGUGAUUGCACUAGAUGUUCGUGGUGCAGAAAGAACUGGAUUAGCUCCGACGGUCAGAGAACCAGAUCAUCAGAAGGUCAGUGAUAGCACGCCAGAAAGUGUCGUGGAAAGUGUUGUGUCCGGAUCUCUCCUUUCUGUUUCCAGACCAAUUGAUCCAGUGACCUCACAACCUAGCCAAGGGGAGGUUCCUGCUUCUGUAUCUCCACCUGGACCUGUUGCUUCAGCUGUGCCGAUUGAUACAGCAUCGAGUGAUCUGAAGCUGUGUGAGGCAGAUGUUGUGUCUGGACCAAAGGCACCUGUUUACCAGUCUUCAUCACAUGUGGUUGCCAAAGUUGAUAGUAGAUCAGAGGAAGGGGCUAGUGGUUCUCACCUACCAAAGUCUAGUGGCGCCACUACAUCAAAUGUGCAACGUGAGGGAUGGAGAGGUGCCAUUUCUGCCUUAGUUUCAUCACUCUUAACACCUCCAGGAGAAACUCAAAAGUCCAGGCCAAACUUCUCCGAUUUGCUCAUAUCUAGAUCCGGAAGCUCCAGUGUGCAGUUACCCAAGCCUUCUGGAGAACCGCCUUUUGGGAAACCACCACAGAUAACGCAAGAUGUUAUACGAAAUGAGCCACUGCAGGAGGCUUUUAAGGCGCCGGAAAUCGUUGCAGCUAGUAAAUCUAGCUUCUUAAGUGAUGGAAGCGCAGAAAGAAACAAAUUGGCACCUCCAAAGCCAACACUUGUUACGGUCGAAAAGGAGCAGUCUGGUGCCCUGGAGAAAACCUUGCCACGUAAUGACUCUAUGGGAAAUCGGAAAGUAGUUCCUACUACCGCCGCAACGCAAACUCCAGCCUCCACACCUUUGGGAGACGUGAAGAUUAUUGGGAAUGUUUCUGAAGACCCUGUAGGGGUUGACCAAGAUAUGAAGCUGGAAGCGACUCAACCCGAAGGAAUUACCUUAUCAUCAGCACAUCCUGAGGGUACAGUUGUGAGCUUGAGUCCAGCAGCGGUUGCUCUAAGUAUCAUCGACAACGAGCCUAGUAUCAAUACUGGCGUUGACGGAAAGCAAAUACUCUCAGCAGAUACUUUGAAGAAUAUUCUGAAGAGUGAAAAAGAUUUACCAACCGUACAAGAUCGUGCAGAACAAUUGUCCAGCAUCGUAAGUGAGGAAGCUUCUUCGAUGAAAUUGGCACAUAGUCGUACUGAAGCGAAGACGGUCUCUGAGCCUCACGAUCGUAGCGUCCUAGAAACCGAUCUUGCCGUUGGUCAAGGUGGGAACUCUAAACUUGUUCUGUCAAUACUUGCUAAAAACCCUUCUGAUAUUCUGGACGGUACAGGAGUAGUUGCUAAAUCUUUGACUGCUAGUUUGAUCAAAGAUGAUUCCAGCUCAGUCCAGAAGCAGGAGCACCCUAUUGUACUUGGGUCAAAUGCCUCUGACCAACUCUCAAGUGCCUUAGUUUCACCGUGGAGUGAAGGCGCAGGAGUUGAUGUACCCUUCAAAGGAUGUGAAGGAUUUAGUUGUGUGAAACCUGGAUCUCCAGCUAUUGUUGGUGGCGGUAGGGACGAAGUAGGUAUCACUACUUCAGCCCUUGUGGAAGACACUGAAUGUGACGCUUCUGCUACCAACGAAAAAUUGGUUAUAGAUAGUGCUUCUAUGCAUCCCACUUCUCAACCUGUCAACAUAGAUACCUCUGUGGUGUCAACGAAACAUGUGCCAUCAAGAGAUGUAGUUUCGCCUUGUGCAGUAUCCAGUAUCGACCAGAACGCAACCUGUCCCGUCGUCAGCAUGGUAGUCGAUGAGGCUGUUGCUGCGAAAUCAAGUAUAGCUUUACCAGACUCGAAUUUACCUAAGGAGGAAGCUAGUCUUGAAGAAGUCAGCGAUAUGAGAUUGGACGAAAGAAGUGAUCAAAAGGCAGUCGUAGGGGACUCUCUCGACCAUCCUGAUCUAGAUCUUACAAAUGAAACAACAUCGAAACAACACCUUUCCGGUGCUACAGAUAUCUUUGCGACAGGUGGAAUGACUGUGUCGGGAGAGGGGGAGAACGUGGUGUUGUCACUUAUAACUUCAGCUUCAUCAAAGUCAGGUUCUUUGAAUGCGAAAAGCGGUACUGAAGUAGAUAUUGUUCCAUCGAAGAAUUCAACUGAGGGAUAUGUUGAUGGUGAUACAGAAAUAGGAUAUAUUCCGAAAUCCAGCAAUGCUGCUGAUGUCAAUGCUUCAGCCUUAGCGGAAAUCCCAUCAUACAAAACUGUGUUGAAUAGUUCCAGUUCAGAGCUUCCAGCCAUUGCAUCUGAACAAGCCUCGGGGGAUAUUUUACCGCUAUCUGAUGUGGAACCAACAAAUGUUGUUAGAGGUGAUAAAAGUGCGGAUCCUAAUAAUGCGUCAAAAGACGAAGAGGGAGUGAGCUGUGAACCUGCCGUAGUAACGUCACCCAGAGGUGUGGGAUCUACUGUUUCAACAGUUGACACUGGUCUUGGAAUUCCUCUUCAAGCAGGGAUAGCGUGUCUUGACCCCUCUGAUACGAAUCAGGCGGACCGACCCGAAGAUAUUAGUUCUGUCUCUGAGUCGCAAUCACGUUUAGCAAGAGCUUUUCAAGGAAACGCAAAUAUCGUUGAGUGGACAACUGCGAACGAAAAGAGCGAUGUGAAUCACUCAACCUUUAGCUCUGUUGAGAAGGAUGCGUAUCCUAUGAGCAUCAUCCAUGAACAUUCGAUUGUGGACAGAGAUCAAGCAGAUCCUUGUAUCCCAGAUUCGCCAAAGGCAGCCAUCACGCCUCAUCGUCAUGAGGAAUCCAGUUCUUUGGUAGUUUCUACAGAAGUGGUAGAUGGAGCUGCUGAAAUACGUACGACAGGUAGUCCUGAGAUUAGAGGAGUUAGAUCUGCGCAUUCACCUGGAUCAGCUCCAGAAGAGGUCAUGCAGGUGGUGUUAAAAGGCGUUAAUACCACCGAAGUUGUCAAUAGCAGUGAUGUUUUAUUAGCGAUUCCCAAGCAGAAAGGUCCUGACGAAAGCACCGAUCCUGUUUCGAUGGAGUCCAUUAGAGACGAUAAUGUGUCUAUCGAAUGUAGUGAAGGGGAGCCAACUAUCAGCAGAGUGUCGACAAGGACGUCUGAAAAGAUAGAUGGGGAAACUAGCCUUCCAAUCUUAGCUGAAUCCACUCACAGCAAACUCAAGCCCAACGAAGUGGGGUGUGCCAGUGACACUGUUGUGGUUGAGAUUCCAGAUAUGAUGCAGGAAAGCAAGUCAAUCUCGUUAUCCUCUAAUAUAGACAAGCAUAUCGAGCCGAUGGAACGCGAUGAAGGGGACACGCUCAUCGCAGUCGUUGCCGGGGAUAUUUUAGUUGUGGAAGAGUCGAAACUCGACAUCGUAAAGCCUGAGGUCCUGACAACUCCCACAAGCUUGAAAGAAGUUCUAGCAGAGGGUGAAGAAGAUAGAGUGGAGCGAUCGAGUUUAGAGCCCUCUCUGCUUGUUUCUGAAAUUGCCCAGCCUUUUGACCGUAGUCCCACUUCCAGACCUCCUGAUUUGUUUCAAGUAGGCAACAGUAGGCCAUUAAGUUCUGAGAUCCUCCCGAAAGCUCGUAGCGAGGCUGAAGGCGUAGAUGACGUAGAGAUGAUGAUACCAUCACCGACACCUAUCGAAGUCAUGCAGGUACUCGAAGUAGAAAGAUUACAAUCCACCGUAUCGAUCUCUGACGUAGAUUCAGUCUUAAAUGAUAAGGGUGAUUUUCAAAAAGAACGCGUGAAGGAUGUGUUGGAGGAGAGAGUUAUUGUUCCACACACAGAAGCUAUCGAUGAGUUCGAGGAGAGGGUUGCCAGUAGUAAUGCAGAUGACACUCAGGUGGUUACAGAUAUUAUUCACGUGAACUCCAAUUUGGACCAUGAAAAAGUCAAGCUUAAUGCCCGUUCAGUAGGUAGAAGCAUGGAUGGAUCCGAGCACGGUGAUGGAGGGUUUCACCCGCAGGAAGACUCCUCGAUGCAAGAGGUGAGAGAUGUAGCUGAAGACCGAUCAGGACUUAGUGGUGUGCCAGCCAUCGAAUCGCAUAUAGAGAGCAUGUACCAUCCAACCGUGAGGCCUAUCUUAGUUUGCGAAGGAGUGCAGCAGGAAUGCAGCGACCGAGAGGCUAAGAGCUCUGUAUCAACCACGGAAAACGCCACCUUGAAUGUAGGGAUAUGUAGGGAUGUGUUACUCGGAGAUUCUGUUGUACAAGCAGUCUUACCGCAUGUUCCCAUCACACAGGAAGAGAUUAAUGAGAGGUCUGGUGAAGAUUCUAGCCUAAAUGGUUCUUUACGGGUUGAGAAAAACAAUCAGGAGGGUAAAGCUGGGGAUUCAGCAUCUGAGGAUAUGACAGGAAACGCCUCUCCUACUGAGAAUGUCUUUGGUAUGGAAGCAGGAAACCUUACGGAGCAAACCAACCAACUUAUUGUAUCCGCUGACCGCAGCAUGGAGGGGCUUGUGGAUUGUAGUAAUUCUUUGAGACCAGACUCCGAAGUUUUGUUGGGAUUCAUCUCACAUCUUGAAGAGCAUAAGGAGGUGGAAGCAGGGAACACAGCCAAACAAGCCGAGGAAAUUACUAUGGCGGCUGAGCCUAAUAUUGAGGUGACUGUAGAAUAUAGUUCAGGUAUCAUUUGUUCACAUACCACGACAGGAGGUGUUAGGGAGGAUGUUGUUCAGUUCCACGAGGAGAACGUCAUUGAUAGCGCCGAAGGCAUGUCGAAAGACUUUCCCUCACCUGUGGAAGAAGGAAGGGAUCCUAUGGUGGGAGUAGCUAUUAAGGAAGUGGCAAAUACUGUUAGCAUUAGGCAGUCAGUCGUAGCGACAGAUGUAGAAGAUCCCAUGGACAUUACCCCAUGUAAUGAUGUAGUUGAGGAAGAACUUCUUGCAGGAGAUACCAGUCCUGUUUCGAAACCAGUGAUUGUAUCGAACAACCCUGUAGAGUCUAGAAACAUACUCUGUGAAACUGUAGAGGUCGUAAGGGAAGAUUUCAGAUCCACGAAUCUGGAAUCGAGUUUUGUUGUAGCUGUAGACUAUAAGGAUCAUUCUUCUUCAUCGGUAACAGGGAGUGAAAUGGCUAAAAUGGAUGAGCCUGUAGAAGGAUCAACCGAAUCAAAACUUGUUACCGACAUAGAUAUACCUGCACCAAUUCUUCUAGAGACCGAUGGGGUGGUGCUGGAAACUGCUGCAGUCGGUUUGGAGAACCUUGACAAUGACGGCAUGAGUGGCUCUAGCGAGUCUACUACCAAAGAUGCAACGGAAGAUAGCAUUGCUUUGACAAACCAAUCAACCUGUGCUGCAGUGAUAAUGGAUUGUAGUUACGGAGGGAGUGGUGAUGUAGCCUCCGGAGAUGGGUCUGGAAAUUCUCUCCUCAGUUCAGAGACAAGUCGGCUAACCGAUACUGUUGAAGCUGACAGAGACAUCUUGGUUUGUACUGACCAAGGUGGGAAUAAAGCAUCGCUAGAAAAUGAUGAUAACCAAGUACCAGGAAUGGGACCUAAUGAAGGAGAGGCAGUAAGUAUGGCUGACCUUGUUCCAUUUGAAACUGUGUCCGAUUUCUUGGUAAGGGAAGCUGUUGAAGGCGGUUCAGCUCAGAGGGGAACGGCCAUGUUGGUUGCCACGCCGACGACGGGGAUCAGUGACAUGGCUGAAGAAGCCUUGAAGCCGGCUGUAGUUAUUACCUCAAAUGACACUGCUCGUUCUGAUGAGCAAAGCCCAGGAUCUAGUAAGUUCAAGUCGAUCUGUCCUAUUGGUUUACUGGGUGAAGAGGCCAGCGACUUCAUUCGGGAAGCCGUCCAAGAGAUCAGGGUGAUAACCUCAGUGGUAUGUAAUCAACCAGCCUUAGAAAGUAGGGAGGGGGAGACAAUGGAUGCGAUUGGUUCAUACACCGAUACCUCCUUAGAUAAUCCUUCAGGCACCGUCACUGGUACUGAUCCCGCAGAUGUGCGACCUACAGAACUUAAGGCAGAGAUGACUAUGUCAAUCGACACAUCUACUGAGGAGCUCGCGGAUGGGGCCGAUGAAGCUGUGGAAGAGUCUGGUUUGAAAUCCACCAAUAUUUUUGGUGGAAGUGAUGUAGAUAGUUUAGCUCUGAGUACAAACAGUGGGGUGUUGCCUUCUAUCUCAGAGUGUCAAUUAUUGCGGACCGAUUGCAGUGAUGAAGCACCUGUCACAUCAAUUUCCACAGCCGGGUUAGACUCGUCUUCGUCUCCGAACGAGCCAGAUCAGAUAGUAUUGGAAGUCGGAGCUGAUGAAGGGGUGACUCUCAAGGGUUUGCUAAGAGAGGAGAGUGAGGUCCGUAAUAGUCUUGCCGUAGACGUCCAUGCAGUUGAACAUGGUGACGUUGAGGAAGGACUUAAGAGUGCAGAGCCUAAAUCUGAGCUGGACCCUAGGUCUAGAGAUUCUGUAGAUGUUGUUGAUGCUCAUUUAUCCCAUGUUUACGCAGCUUCAGAAAGUGAUAAGUUAUCUGGCGUAAAGGAGUUGGUGCUACCUGUAGAGGCAGAAUUCAAAACGAACCGUCUUGAAGAAACUACAAGCCCUCAACCUCUGGGGAACGAAUGUAAUAUACCUAUGGAAGAGCCCGAUCUCAUGGAUGUAGAUGUAAAUGUGCCCUCUGGGCCUGUUGUGUCUUCUACCGAUGUCGAGCGCCUCCUAGAGAAGACAGGGGAUAUUUUACUGUCUACAGCAAAUUUAGGUAGUGAACCUACGCCAAUGGACUGUAAUCAAGAUAACCGUGAUGUGGGAAAGAUUCAUCGGAAGGCCGAAGAUGUGUCCCCAUCAGAUGUUGAAGAUGGGGAGGGAGUUGUAGUCAGCGAGCCAAGUGUCGCAGUGAUGGGAACAGAUGCGGACGUCGUCCUUACAGGCGAGGAAGGAUAUCACUCCAGCGUAGUAGGUCAGUGUCUGAAAACUGUGGAUUCAUCUUCAGUGCCGAUUGUGGCUGAAGAUACCUCUCCGACCGCCUCGUGCAUUGCACUGGAGCAGAAUGUGGAAGCUGUUGAGGGUCUGACCCAAGAGAGUGUUGCAAAUCCUAACCUCAUCAACUCAGAAGCUGAGCUCUCAUGUGUACCUUCAGUGGUCGUUGACUCUGUUUUGAUUGUAUCACCUGAUGUAGAUGUAAAUGUGUCCUCUGGGCCUGUCGUAUCUUCUACCGAUGUUGAGCGCCUCCUAGAGAAGAGAGGGGAUAUUUUACUGUCUACAGCAAAUUUAGGUAGUGAACCUACGCCAAUGGACUCCAACCAAGAUAACCGUGAUGUGGGAAAGAUUCAUCGGAAGGCCGAAGAUGUGUCCCCAUCAGAUGUUGAAGAUGGGAAGGGAGUUGUAAUCAGCGAGCCAAGUGUCGCAGUGAUGGGAACAGAUGCGGACGUCGUCCUUACAGGCGAGGAAGGAUUUCACUCCAGCGUAGUAGGUCAUUGUCUGAAAACUGUGGAUUCAUCUUCAGUGCUGAUUGUGGCUGAAGAUACCUCUCCGACCGCCUCGUGCAUUGCACUGGAGCAGAAUGUGGAAGUUGUUGAGGGUCUGACCCAAGAGAGUGUUGCAAAUCCUAACCUCAUCAACUCAGAAGCUGGGCUCUCAUGUGUACCUUCAGUGGUCGUUGACUCUGUUUUGAUUGUAUCACCUGCUUUCCGUGCAGACAUUAGUGAACCCGCGGAAGAUGAUACAAAAAUGGGAUCUCUUUCUUUAAUAACAACGUAUGAUUCAGAUGAUGAAAGUCCUAGUCAAACAGAGCAGGUCUCAGAGGAUAAGGGUCCCUGUGCACUGGCUACUCAAACAAGGUCCACAGCGUUGAUGGAAAGCGGCUCUGGUCCGUCAGAAACAGCUGAUAGGUCCACAACUGUCGGUGGUACUGCAUGCGACAGUGGAGAUGCUGUUGAAGCACCUUGUACGGAGAACCAAGAUCUGUUAGAACAUUCAGCGGAGGUUCAAACUUCUCUACUUAUGAGUGUACAACAGGACCAGGUGGGAGGCAAACCCGCCAGCGAUGAUGGGUGUACAACAUGUACCACCGCAAACUUGGUCGUUGCAUCUAGUCUUCUUAGACAAGAGACUAGUCAUGUAGCAGCAACUCCUCUCAGCGGUGAGGAAAUCAGUAAGAGAAUUUUGACUUCAAGUUCUCCACCAGGUUUGAGACCAGAUACAGAGAUGUUAGAUGGAGAAGAUAACGAUGCAUCUAAAGCGGCCGUGGUCUCUGUGGAGGCCGUAACAGAACCAAUGCCCGUUUCACUAGCCGGAGAUGUUCCCGAUGUUACAGACAAAGUAACCAGAGAAUCACUUAAUUUAAGUGGAGGGAACGAGGUGGCUCCACUCCUGAUUUUAAGUGAACCUAUUUGUUUAGAGAUUGGGGAAUCACAUGAGUUGAUUUUAAGCAGCAAUCCGCUUAUCGAGAAUUUGUUCGCUGAAAGUGGAAGAUGCAGCUCUAUUGCGGCAGUGGAGUCUCAAGAAGAGAUUGUGAAUAUCCAUUCCUCAGUCACCGUUGAACUGCCUUUAAGCAUAGAUAGUUCCGGAAGUUCACAUGACUCUGAGAAAUUGGAGCACAGCCAGGAAACCGUGGAUAAGUCUGGGCCUGCCGUCGUGAUCCCCCAUGCAGUCAGCAUUCUUGAGCACGGAGGUUGUGAAGGUGUUGUGGUAUCCCCAACCUAUAUCGGUAAAGACAGUCCCACUGUGUUGUUAUUAGAGGAAGAUCUUCAGCCUCAUCGUGAACCAACUACAACGUUUAGUGUGGAUCCUAGCCAGAUCACUCCAUCUGUGUGUGACGAAAUUCCUUCAGAUAUGUGUAUCGAUACGGGCAAUUCACCAGUGGAUGAAUCGAAGCCGAUAGCAGGAGCUCCUUCAGAAAUCAGAGAGGGUGUGAAACUUGUCACCAAUACCUCCUUAGACAGCACUUCGGUUGACAUUGCUGCGUCUGAGGUGCUGGUUUCCACUGCUGGCAUUUCAAGUGAGGAGCCGUCAACUGCAGUCAUGAAGACUCCAACUUCUCAGGAAGUAGCUUCGAUGGAGGUUACUCGUGAAGAUAUAUAUAUUCCUCGUGAAGAUGGUGAGACUUCUUCAGGUUUGGAGUCAUGUGUUGCAUGUAGUAACCAGCCUUCAACUGCAGACGUGAAGACACCUCUGGGGAACAUGCAGGACGAACCUAUGGUGGAGAUUACCGCAGAGAUUACGAAUUCCAAACCUGAAACCUCUUUUGAGGAUGGUGAGACUCUUACAGGUUCGCAGGGUUUUGUUCCAUCUAGUACGCAGCCCUCAACUGCCAACGUGAGGACUCCUCUGGGGGACGAGCGAGACGAACCUAUGGUGGGGAAUAACGCAGAGGUUACGGAUUCCAAAUCUGAAAUCCAUUGUGAAGACGUUGAGACUCUUACAGGUUCGCAGGGUUUUGUUCCAUCUAGUAUGCAGCCCUCAACUGCAAACGUGACGACUCCUCUGGGGGACGAGCGAGACGAACCUAUGGUGGAGAUUACCGCAGAGGUUACGGAUUCCAAAUCUGAAAUCCCUUGUGAAGACGGUGAGACUCUUACAGGUUCGCAGGGUUUUGUUCCAUCUAGUACGCAGCCCUCAACUGCAAACGUGAGGACUCCUCUGGGGGACGAGCGAGACGAACCUAUGGUGGAGAUUAACGCAGAGGUUACGGAUUCCAAAUCUGAAAUCCCUUGUGAAGACGGUGAGACUCUUACAGGUUCGCAGGGUUUUGUUCCAUCUAGUACGCAGCCCUCAACUGCCAACGUGAGGACUCCUCUGGGGGACGAGCGAGACGAACCUAUGGUGGAGAAUAACGCAGAGGUUACGGAUUCCAAAUCUGAAAUCCCUUGUGAAGACGGUGAGACUCUUACAGGUUCGCAGGGUUUUGUUCCAUCUAGUACGCAGCCCUCAACUGCCAACGUGAGGACUCCACUGGGGGACGAGCGAGACGAACCUAUGGUGGAGAUUACCGCAGAGGUUACGGAUUCCAAAUCUGAAAUCCCUUGUGAAGACGGUGAGACUCUUACAGGUUCGCAGGGUUUUGUUCCAUCUAGUACGCAGCCCUCAACUGCAAACGUGAGGACUCCUCUGGGGGACGAGCGAGACGAACCUAUGGUGGAGAUUAACGCAGAGGUUACGGAUUCCAAAUCUGAAAUCCCUUGUGAAGACGGUGAGAAUCUUACAGGUUCGCAGGGUUUUGUUCCAUCUAGUACGCAGCCCUCAACUGCAAACGUGAGGACUCCUCUGGGGGACGAGCGAGGCGAACCUAUGGUGGAGAUUAACGCAGAGGUUACGGAUUCCAAAUCUGAAAUCCCUUUUGAAGACGGUGAGACUCUUACAGGUUCGCAGGGUUUUGUUCCAUCUAGUACGCAGCCCUCAACUGCAAACGUGAGGACUCCUCUGGGGGACGAGCGAGACGAACCUAUGGUGGAGAUUAACGCAGAGGUUACGGAUUCCAAAUCUGAAAUCCCUUGUGAAGACGGUGAGACUCUUACAGGUUCGCAGGGUUUUGUUCCAUCUAGUACGCAGCCCUCAACUGCAAACGUGAGGACUCCUCUGGGGGACGAGCGAGACGAACCUAUGGUGGAGAUUACCGCAGAGGUUACGGAUCUUGAAGAUCGCGAGUCUCCUGCAGGUGUGCAGUCAUUUGUGCAGCCGUCAACUGCAGAUUUGAAGUCUUCUUUGGGUGAGAAGCAGGACGAAUCCAUGUUGGAGAGUACCUCCGAAAAUUCCAAAGCUGAAAAUCCUUGUCAAGAUGGUGAGAUUCUUUCAGGAUUGCAGCCAUUAGCUGAAUCUAUUAUGCAGUCUUCUACUGCUGGCUUGAAGGCUCUUUCGGAAGAGAAGCAGCUUCAACCUCUGGUGGAGGCUGCUUCCGGGAAGGUUAGCGGUUUAGACACUGGUAGUCUUCCAGUUGUGAACCAAGCUGCCUCCAUUAUGCAAUCAUCCGCAGACAUGAAGCAUGGGGAACUUGUGACGGUGAAGGCUGACGUAGAGGUUAUGAAUGCAGAUGGUGAGAGUGUUUCAGUUUUGGAUCCACUCAUCUCUGGUCUGCCGGUAUCAUCUGCAGACGGGAAGACUCCUCAUCACAGGCCAGAGGACUCCGAAAUAGCUGCUAUUGUGGAAUCAACACCUCAAAGUCCUUCAAAUGGUGAUGAGAGUCUUUCAGUUUUGCAUCCAUCUGUCUCCGGAAUGCAGCCAUCAUCUGCAGACGUGAAAGUUCUUCCCGAUGACAAGCAAGGGGAUUCUGUGGUUGAGAUUGCUUCAUCACGAGCUACGGAAUCAAAGUCUCAAAGUUCUUGUGACGAGGGUGGAAAUUUUUCAGCUUUGCAACCAGUCGAGUCCACUAUUGAGCCAUCAACUGCAGUCGUGAAGAUACCUGCUGAUGACAAGGUUGAAGAACUUCUGGUCAAGGUGGAUACCAACCGUGAAGGUGCUAGUGGAAACCUUCAUGAACAUGGUUCUUCAGCUUUGCAACCAGUUGUUGCUACCGGGGCGGAGCCAUCACUAGCAAACGACAAGAAUCUGGUCGAAAACAAGCUGGAGGAAUCUGUUGUGGAUCUUGCAGCAGAGGAUGUGGAUUCCAGAACUGGGAGGACAAGCCAAAAGUCGCACGAAGAAGCUGAUCUUUCAUCAGCUUUGCAAGAUGACUCUGUAACCAGCGGGCAGCCAUCCACAUCAGACAAGAUUACUUUCAAGUCUGACAAGCAAGAGAAGCCUGUUGAGCUUGACCUAGUCUGAAGAAAUCGUUCACACUAGUGGCAGGUAAUUGGCAGACGUUGCAAGGUGUGAGUUGAUCUUGUGAAGAUGGAUGGGAAGAACACGUGAAUGUUAUGCUUCAUCUUACUGUCGGAUGAACAGACUUAGCUGGCACCGGUGCUCGAGCAAUACGACUUCCGACUGUAGCCUGAGCAAGGUACUGCACCAUUGUCUUUCUAGACAAGGAUAGACUUUGAGCAUUUUGGGUUCCAUUUCAUUCAACUCAUUCUGAGAGUCAAUAAUCUCUCUGGGAGGUGAAUGAAACCAGAGAGAGCCGGCAGAUGUAAUUCUUAGCAUGUGAUCAUAGAGGUGGUUUGAAGCAUGAAAUUUGCCAUGCACAUGGCGUUUGCAAAGCUCCUUGCAACGUCUGUGUUUCAUGCUUUUCAUGGAACCCACCAAGAUCAUUAGUGUAUUUAUCAAUUUGCCCUUGCAUAUUCACAACCCCAUAAACUAUACAAGGGUUGUGAUUUUCGUAUGUGAACUCAAGUUUUGGCCCUAGUAGCUUUCUUGUAUUUAAUUGUGCUGUCUCAACCAUUGGAAUCUAGGGCCAGUGCAAAUGUUUUUGAGUAGCACAUGUACCAAUGAUCUUCUGUCAAUAUAAUGCAGUAUGAUAUCUCUAUUAACUAAUUGAGAUAUCCAUUUCUCAC